UGAACCGUCGUUAGAGAAAGCUGUACGAACUUUUUUACAGAAUUUAGGCUUUUUCUUUGAUGGUUAUAUUCAAAAUUUUUACAAAAAUUUAUAAAUAAAGUACCAACUGAUUAAGAAGUUGUCAAUUAUUCAUUCCUUAAUUACCGUACCACCAAAUUUCUCAUAUUUAUUUUGAUCCCUAACCCCAAAUAGAAUGGUAACUGUCACUGUCAAAUUGUGAUGGUAGGAUUUUGAUAUUUAAAAGACAAACGAUGGCUGUAGUAAUUUCAACUGGUUCUAAAUUAAUAAAAAAACAGCCUGGAGUAUUUGCUGUAGCUUAUAUCCAUAGAAAUGACUACAGUACAGAUGAUCGCGUUUAUAAUUUAUCGAGUUUAAAACGUGGUACAGGAGGUAGGUCCAGUUUUAAUGGAAUAGUAGCUACGGUUUUCGGAGCUACUGGAUUUUUGGGAAGAUAUGUUUGCAAUAAACUUGGCAAAACAGGUUCACAGAUUAUUAUUCCAUAUAGAGGAGAUAACUAUGAACCUUUUCGCUUAAAAGUGGUUGGUGAUUUAGGUCAAGUAUAUUUCCAUCCUUACCAUUUGAGAGAUGAAGAGAGUAUUCAAAAGUGCAUAAAAUAUUCGAAUGUGGUGAUAAACUUGGUAGGAAGAGAUUGGGAAACAAGAAAUUUUAAAUUUGAUGAUGUUCAUGUUGAAGGUGCCAGAAGGUUAGCAAGAUUAGCUAAAAAAGCUGGUGUUGAAAGAUUUAUUCAUUUCUCUUCUUUGAAUGCUGAUGAAAAUCCCAACCAGGUGGGACUUGUGAAGGGUGGUUCGAAAUUUCUGAAAAGUAAAGCAAAGGGAGAACAAGCAGUUUUAGAAGAAUUUCCUGAAGCAACCAUAUUCAGACCAGCUGAUAUGUAUGGACAAGAGGACAGAUUUGUUAGGUAUUAUGCUCAUGCUUGGAGAAGGACAGGACAAUAUUUUCCAUUGUGGAAUAAAGGUGAAUACACAGAGAAACAACCAGUUUUUGUUAGUGAUGUUGCCCAAGGUAUUAUGAAUGCUCUCAAAGAUUCCGAUUCAGUGGGAAAGAUUUAUCAAGCCGUUGGCCCUAAACGUUAUUUACUAUCAGAACUAGUAGAUUACUUCUAUCGUAUUAUGCGUAAAGAUGAUGAGUGGGGUUAUAAACGUUACGAUAUGCGUUGGGAUCCAUUUUUCCAAUUAAGAGUAACCUUAACGGAAAAAUUGUCUUUGAAUUGGCCAAUAGGACAUUUGCAUUGGGAAAAAAUCGAGAGAGAACAUUUGUCAGAUGAUGUAAAAAGUGAAAUCCCUACUUUGGAAGAUUUGGGUGUGAAUUUAACUGCUGUAGAGAAUCAAAUGCCAUGGGAAUUCAAACCAUGGACUUACGGUAUAUAUAGAGGACAGGAUCCUGAUGAACCAUUUGCACCAGCUGCUCCACCAAAAGUUGUUAUAUAGACAUUUAUAGGUUGUCAUUAAAUAAAUAAUGUAUCUAUACUAA